UCACCCAAGUAAACGUUUAGGGAAAGAACUAGAAUGGAGAACAAUAAUGAGGUUUCAAAGGCAACAAUGAUGGAGCAAGAAAUAAUGAGAGGGCGUGACAUGGCAAACCAGUUACUUCAAGUUGUUGUUGAUAGUAGAAAUGAAGAAGAAAUUGAAAGGUCAACGGUGAUGCCUUUUGCUGAAGAUGCUGUGCGCAAAGUUCUCAGAUCAUUCACAAACACACUCCUGCUAUUGAACAAUGAAGACACAAAAGAAAGUAGUUGCAACAGCAACAACAACAAGAAGAAUAGUUCCAGCAAUAAAAGUCAAAAAGGGUACCACAAGAGAAAAUCAGUUGCACCAAGCUGGCAGAGUGACAGCUCAAUUCUGUGUGAGGAUGGCCAUGCAUGGAGAAAGUACGGACAGAAGAAGACCAUCAAUUCCAAUUACCUCAGGAGCUACUACAAGUGCAGCUACAAGAAUGAAAAAGAUUGCAAAGCCAUCAAACAUGUUCAGAGAAUCCAAGAGGAUCCUCCAUUAUACCGUACAACCUAUUAUGGCCAUCACACUUGCAAAUGCUCUCUCAUCACUUACCCACACACAAGACUAGAACCUGCUUCUUCUUUUGAAUCUUCUAUGUUAUUAUCCUUUAGUAGUGAUCACAAUACCAAUAAUACCCUUCCAAUAAUAACCAAACAAGAAGCACAACCUUUUCCUUCUUCAUCAACAAAACAAGAGCCCAUGGAAGUAGUGGCUUCUAAUGACCGUAUUGACCACAACCAAUCUUCCUCAUCAAAUGACUACGAUCUCUUAAGUGAUUAUGAACUUUAUUUCAAUUAUUAGAGGCAUCUAUCUUGUGUCUUAAUUAAGUAAUCAUUUGGAUUUUGAUAUGAUAAGUUUAUAUUGUCUU